ACCCUUGUCUGUCACUCAACAAAUAAAUAAAAUAAUCAGACACAACAGCCAGAAAAGAGACUGCUCUCUCCGAAAGAUCUGAGGUUUGAUCACUCCCAAGUUAAGAAGAACGACGAGUUUCCGAUGGCGGCUGCUUUAGUUGCUAAUGGAGAAGUGACUGCCGUGAAAUCUCCCAACACCGGUAGAUAUGCCGCUGUUUACAGCGAAGUACAGAAUAGCCGCCUCGAUCAUCCCCUGCCUCUCCCCUCCGUCCUCAGAAACCCCUUCAAAGUCGUCGACGGUCCACCUAGCUCAGCCGCAGGCAAUCCAGAUGAGAUUGCAAAAUUGUUUCCUUGCCUCUUUGGACAGCCAUCAGCGACCUUGGUGCCAGCAGAUUCCAGUGAUAACUUGUCGGGUCAGGGCUUGAAGAUUGGAGUGGUUUUAUCUGGAGGCCAAGCUCCCGGAGGACAUAAUGUUAUUUCUGGAAUCUUUGAUUACUUGCAGGAUCGCUGCAAAGGAAGCACAUUGUACGGAUUCAAGGGU